UUGAAUGUAAAAGCUAAUUAACAUAGAAUCUUAUUUUCAAUCAAAUUCAACGCUUAUUCAUAAUGUCGUUAUUUGGAAGGAAUUGCAAGAUUAACAAUAUAAUGGACGUGCUUCUAGAAUAUUAACAAACUUAUCUUUGUAAUUUGGUAUUUCCUUCUUUAAAAGUCAGCGAACAAUCUAUUUUCUUUUUUUUUCACGAUAUUGCGUUGACAGAAAGUGUUCGACCAUAGCAGUUCUUGUAGGAUUUGAUUGUCAAAUGUGAUGUGAUCAAACAAGUCGUUGUUGCGUGUGACUCAAUUGCAACCAGCCAUGCUGCAAAAAAAAAUUUUUUUUGCAAUAUUUUUAUUCACCGUAACCUUGAUUAUAUUCACAUCCAAUUUUUACAAAAAUCAAACAGGGAUAUCUCUGUUGAAUCGCACAAUGGAUCACACGCAAUUAUUUUCACUUAUUGUUGGUAAAAAAAUAGAAAUAAGAGUCAAUAUAAGCUUGGUUCUUUCCUAUUCCAUAUUUGGUAAAGAUUCGGCAAGAAAAUGGGGAUAUCUCAUUGGAAUGGUUGCUAAAGAAGCAAAGAAAAGUAAUUUAUACCAUGACUGGACAGUUCGAAUUUACCACGAUAAAUCUCUUAGCAAAGAAUAUAUCAAAAAUCAUACUUCUAAAUUUGACAAUCUAAAAUUUUAUGAUGUUUCAAGAACAUCAUUGUACGGAGACAUAACGUCAAUCAAUGGUAGAGUAUGGAGAUUCUUACCAUUGGCGGAUGAUACUGUAGAUAUUGUGUGCAUAAGAGAUCUAGACUCACCGAUCAUAAAAAGAGAAGAAGAUGCAGUAAACGAAUGGUUGAAAAGUGGUCACAUCAUGCAUGUCAUGCGAGAUCAUUAUUGGCAUACAACUGAAAUUUUAGCGGGUUUAUGGGGUUUUCGAAGUGCUAUGGACAGAACAUUGGCACACAAAAUCGUCAAUCUGGUUUUGCUUAAUGCUGAGAGAAGAACUGAAAAUCAUGAAGCUACAAAAUUGAACGACCAAAUAGUAUUAGCUGGACAUAUUUGGCCACUAGUGAAACCGUAUACCUUACAACACGAUUCGUACCUUUGUACGAGAUAUAUUGAUACUGUACCGUUUCCAACAAAAAGAUAUGAUGAUUUUUUGUUUGUUGGAUGUAUUCGACCUUGUAACGUAACUGAAAGAGUCCCAUGUGAUGUAAAAUGUCGACCUACAGAUCAUAAAGAUUGGACAUAUUGUUGAGUAUUCAAAUUUUCUAAAGGUUGUUUGUUUUUAACAGUUAAACAUCUUUUGUUUGUCUCGAAAUUAAGAAAUUUGUAUGGAACGUGGAAGGAAAAACCUGAGUUUUUAGUCUUUUUUGUCUUCAAUUAUUAACUGAUAUAUUUCUGUAGCUGUUAAUAUAAAAUGUCGACCAAAAAACAUUACAGAUUGGACAUUUUCCUAAGCACAUCAAUUUUCAAGGGGCUUUCUGUUAUUAAAAGUGUUAAACAUACCGACAGUACUUCUCACUUAAGACGUUUGUAUGGAGUAUAACAAGGAAACCUUGACAUUUCUUUUGUAAAUAUUAACAAUUUUGUAAUGUUUAAACCGUAGUUUAACACCAAGGUUUAAACCAACAUUGCUAAGUCGUUCUGAAUGCAUCGGUAAUUACUUCAAAUGACCAUCAGCAAGGUUCUUAUUCUUAUUCAUCAUCAAAUUACCUAAUUUCGUAAAUAUUUUGUUCGUGAAGUGCCUCAAUUCCGAGCUGAAGGUUACGGUCAAACCCUUUAUAUAGCUUCCUAAAAAUAGCCUUGUUUUUGUUUUCAAAAUUUCUUCAAAUCUAAAUAAAUCCAACCAGAAUAUUAUAUUGCUCUAAAAACUUCAUUUACAUCAAAAUCAAUUAAUAUUCUAUCUGAACUAGUCGUUGCCCGUGGAAAAAUCCACCGGUUCACCAGUUUAUAUUUACCCGCCGCAACAAAGUGGAUAAAAAUAUCUCGCAUUUGAUAUUCGUGUUUCCGUAACAUCAUUUUCUAACUCAGCGGGGGGGGGGGGACAGACGACGGCUAUUAUUAUAGAGAUUCUUAUUUGAAGAGCACAAAAACAUAACAUUUUAGAUGACGUCAUAAUUAUUAUAAUUUUAAAAAUUAAGGUAUGUUGCUUGGUAAUGUGCAACUAAUGGUAAUUGUUAUGAACACAAUUACGCUCGUAGACGCAUUUGGUAAGUUUACGCAAUUAACAAUAAAAGGGAUUUUGAAAGGAAUAGAUAGAAUACAUAAUUGUUAAUCGCAUAUAUACCGAGACGAAAUAAGCAUCCGAGUAAAGAAAUUAUUAAUAGUUCGGCAGCAUAACAAUAAGACGUCAAAAUAAGUCGCUCUUUUAACAAGAAACUUGUCAAAUGUGAUGUGAUCAAACAAGUCGUUGUUGCGUGUAAAACAUUUAUUUAAAUUUUUUUUUGUGAUGUCUUAGAAUUUACAAACUGUAUUCAUUUUCCUAUAUCAAUAAGGUGUGACACAAAGAAAACAAAAAUGAUUUUUAUAACUUUUUUUUAUU